AUGCAGUCCGACGGAACAGGGGCCAAGUCAUUGAGAAAAAUCAUGUUCAAGUGUACAAAAUGCGAUAAAUCAUAUCAGAGGAAGACACAUCUGCACCGUCAUGAGGCUACCCAUAUGCAGCAAGCUGCUUCAAGCUGUCCAUUUUGCAAUAAAUCAUUUUUAAAGCCAGAGGUCACCAGGCGACAUAGUAAGACGUGUGCAAAAAAGCAUGAUCUACCACUUCCUCCUGCGGCAAAACCAGGAAGAAAGAGACAAUCAUGCGACGAAUGUUUCUUGGCAAAAGCAGCAUGUGAUAGAAAGUCGCCCUGCACUCGCUGCGAUGCUAUCGGUCGACAGUGUACCUUUGGAGCCCAAUCUUCAGCACUCACCGUUGGCCCCUGCUUGCCAAAGCUGCCAGCUUCAUUAUCUAUCGCGGCACCUCGUACAGUCUCAAACGGUAAUAACCCAUUCUUCUUCCUCCAACAUUUUGCCAAUCCUGCCGUUAAAAAGGACCGGCUUGCAAUAGGAGAAACUGCGAAAUUCUCUAUUCGGAGGAAUCUCGAGUCAAUUUAUUCUCAUCUAGAAGAUGCACUCGUACCAUCUGACCCACUAGCGGCCUUUGCCGAGGAUUUCAGGGGAGCCGAAUUCCCAUUCCUGCUUCCACCUGCUACAGAAGACUCUCUGCUUUAUCAAUACCCGCCUGACGCGCUUUUCCCUUCAAAGCUUUCCAAUCAGCUGACGGAGUUGAUGAAUGAGCUAGUGGAGACCUCUAAAUCUAUGGCACCUGGUGGUGCUGAAGAUAAACCGCUUGAUAUAAUGCAACUGACCGCGUUAUUCGGAGUAUCCAAUAUUUCGGCCUUUAUAUCGGCCUUUUUUCAGUCACUCCACUGGCAUUUACCUAUUAUCCAUUUCUCAACCUUUGAUCCCGGAAAUGCGUCAAAUCCGCUUCUGCUCGCGAUAUUCCUGUCGGGUGCAACAUAUACAACACCACUGGAUGGUGCAGUUUUAUCGCCUUCGAUAUUCGAUGUGGCGGAGGAGUAUAUUUUCCGGAAGAUCCUGAAUCUAACGACCCAGUCAUCAAAGGAUCCGGAGCAUAUUCUACCUACGGUGCACUUGGUGCAAGCUGCUCUUAUUAUGGAAAUGCUCCAGUUUGGUCGUGAUGAUAUGCAGACGAGGCGUCGCAUUCGUAUAAUGCGACAUCCAUGCUUGGUGUCCACUAUCAGGUCAUUAGGGAUUUUUCAAUUAAAGCGCCGCACAGCACCUAAAGCAAAUGAUGAUCGGACGUGGAGGGGUCUGGUGGCCGAGGAAGUGUGUAUUAGAAUCGCGUGCUGGGUUUUUCUAGCCGAUGGAUUCCUUACAGUCUGUUUCAAAAACCACCCGGCAUUGUCCAUUUUUGAAAUGGAUUGUCACUUGCCAUGGUGUGCCGAGCUAUGGGAAGCCGAAGAUGCAGACUCUUUUGCUCGGAUUGCAGCAAGGAAAUCCACUGAGCAUCCUAUACCACCUCUGAAAGAUGUGGUGACACAGCUGCUAGAAACCCCCGAAUCAGGAGCCCCGAUACCUUGGGGCCUCUCGCUAUCUGCAGAGAAUCUUUUGAUUCUCAUCUAUGCUAUGAGCUCCCUCGCCUUCCAAACUAGGACAGGGCUUCUGAAGUUCCUUCCACUCGACACAAUAAGUCGUGGCGCUAAGAACUGGAAACGAAUAUGGGACUCGGUGAUGGCUUCAAUAGACCAAAAGCAGUUCCUCCAUCUCGGUUAUCCCAAACAUGCCGAAGAGUUAUGGUGGCUUCUAACGGCUACGUUGGAUAUUGCUAACCAACCAGGGGCAGGCCUUGCCUAUCUUAACAACACGGCAACUGAUGAAUUGGGCAACCUCAAUGAUUUUAUGCAGCAUUUGAGUGAGGCCAACAGAGUACAACGAGAAUGA